GUUCAAGUCACAGGAUUAAGCAUUCUCGCGUGCUGUCUGCUGAGUUGUAUUAGUCUAUAUUAAGCUUCUAGGCUGCCUUUCCCCCUGCACCCUUCUGCUCUGCACGGCAGCCACGAGGGUGGGUGUCCAUGCUGGUGGCUCUUGCUUCAACAGCAAGUUGGAAGCCGCCUUGAGAAGCCUUGACUUGAAAGGAGAUGUACAGACAAACCCAACAAAUGGAGAAAAGCCACGCAAAGGAGGAAACUCCGUUUCCAAAGAGAAAAACUUCACCUUGCAGCGCCGCCGGCUUCCUUAGCAGGGAAAGAGAGGUUCCUCCAUGAUCGGGGAGAAGCCCGCUUCGGCGCUCUGCUCAUUCGGCCUGGGCCUCGCGCUCCGAGAGCGGGGCCAGGGCGAAGAGCUCCAGUAGGGACACCGGGAAGGAGACUUCCGGAAGCAAAAGCAGACCCCGGCAGCCGAUCUGCCGAUGGCAUCGAUAGAGGGCGGGGCCACAGCGCGCGGCGGGCUCUUUCAAAAAGGCACCAGGAAGAAAAACCGGAAAGGAGGAAGUGGGCUCCCUCGGUGGGCGGGACGAGAACGCUAGGCGCCGCUGCUGCUGCACCUGGCCGUAGCCAUGGCGACGAAGCGGCUGGCCAGGCAGCUUGGCAUUAUCCGAAGGAGUUCCAAAACAUCACUUAGUGGCCAAAGUCAUAGUAGACCCAAACUGAGGCAGCUGUUUGAUUACUUAAUCAUUAUUGACUUUGAGUCUACAUGUUGGAAUGAUGGCAGAAAACAUUAUAGUCAAGAAAUCAUUGAAUUUCCAGCAGUUCUGCUAAACACCUCAAACGGAGAGACUGAAUCUGAAUUCCAUGUGUAUGUCCAGCCUCAGGAGCAUCCAGUACUCUCUGAAUUCUGCACCCAGCUAACUGGCAUAAAACAGCAUCAAGUUGACGAAGGAGUCCCUCUGCAUAUAUGCCUAUCUCAGUUUUCUAAAUGGAUUCAAAGACUACAAAAGGAGAAGAACAUUGUUUGCAGUUCAGCUCACUCCAGCUGCGCUGCCUCUGAAGGAAGACUAUGUGCUUUUGUGACAUGGUCAGACUGGGACCUGGGGGUUUGUCUGCAGUAUGAAUGUAAAAGGAAACAGCUGCGGAAACCAGACAUUUUAAACUCCUGGAUUGAUCUCAGGGCAACUUACAAGCUCUUUUACUCUCGAAAGCCAAAAGGGUUAAAUGGUGCUUUGCAAGACUUGGGGAUCGUAUUUGCAGGACGGGAGCAUUCUGGGCUAGAUGAUUCUCGGAAUACUGCUCGUCUUGCCUGGAGGAUGAUCUGUGAUGGGUGUCUGAUGAAGAUUACAAAAUCUUUGGAUAAGGCACUUCCGGCAUGGAAUUCUGUUGCCAGGUUUUUGAGUAUGAAGCCUUCUGAUGGCAGCCCAUUAGGAAGCAAUGAUAGGGCAAAAACAUCACAUCUGGAGGACGCCAAGCAUGGUGAGGCUGCCCCUGGGAUUAAAAAUGACAGUGGAAAAAAACAGAAGUUAACAUCUGUGCAUUUGCAUGGAAAUACUCAUGUUGCAUCAAGAAACCCUAAAAAGGCUGAUGGGUCUGGCAGAGUCGAAAGCUGCUUGACCCCACCCACCGGAUGCCUCCGUGCCCCUCUUGGCUAUCCUCGGCCUUCCGGUUGUACCUCUUUGGGCCUCUGGAAUGGACUAAGCCACGGAUCUCUGAGUUCUAAUUCCCCUGUGCUUAACAACGGACUGGUUCUGGUCUCUACGACUCUUCCUUCCACCACUAUUUCUGAGACAGAUAUAAGCACCUCUUCUGAUUGUUUAUCAAUGCUGACUGACUGGGAGGACGUAGCAUUAAUACCAGAAUCGCAAGAUGAUCAAAGUUCAGGAUUUCUGCAGUCUAAGGAUGACCCAAAUCACAAAGGUUCAUUGACCUUUGGAGAGAGUGAGGAUAUGAAAGAAUCUAAUGGGAUGGAGUUUGGAUCUGAAAAUGUUGGGAGAAAGCCUCUGAACAUGAACCUCUCCAAGUCUGCUUUGUACAAAACCCCCAAUACUACUAGUACUACUAACAAAGUGAUAACCCCAAGUACAUUUACAAGUAUUCCUGUGUUUAAGCUUCCCACUGCAAAGAAAAAUGUGUCUUUCACUGAAGUGUUAAAUGGAAAGAAUUCCACAACUUUGUCUCAAGCUCCUAAGAGGAAGCCUUCCAGUCCCAAAUCUCUUCCGCCUGGGAAAAAGCCACCCUUCUUAAUAUACAAUGAUAAAGUUGUGCCUCUCAACCCGCUACUUUUCAGAAGUUCAGAUUCAUACUGUAUACCUGCUGGCAUCUUAAACCGUUCUGUCAACUUAAAACAAUCUACAGAAAUGCGAAAAGUGACCCCUCCUCUGUGCAAGUGUGGUCGAAGAACCAGAAGGCUAAAUGUUUCCAACGGAGGCCCAAAUCACGGCAAAGCAUUCUACAGCUGUUCAGUUAAAAAGCAAGAAGGGAACAGAAGGGGCUGUGGUUAUUUCAAGUGGGAGUCUUCGCUUCUGAAGGAGAAAGUCCCUCUGCCUCCUGCCCCGAGUGCUGUAUGGCCAGCCCCUCCCGGCACAAGUCUCGGUCCAUCUGGACCUUUUCAAAGGAAGCCGUUGGCUCUCCGGCCUUCUAUGCGGAGCUAGCACAUCCUCCUGACUGCUCAUCAUGUUGCGAGUUACGACAUCAUUAAACUUUGUUUCUGCAGCAUAGGAGGACCCUGCAGAGCUGGAAGCAAACAGAUUGUAUGGCGCUCCUAACAGAAAGUGGCUGAAGAGAAUAAUUACCCUUCUAUGCCCUGAAAGGGUUUGACUUUCUAUGCUCUCUAAGCUAAUCUGAAUAAUGUCUCAUAUGUUUGUGUGGUUCUUUUUAAAUACAUGUUUGAUCCUUUUUUAUGCCGGUACACACUAUGUUGAUACCACUGGAGAACUGCUAAUACAUGCAGCCACCUUGUAAAAAUCAGUAGUAUGAAUCCUCCUGACCUUGUGCUGUUUUAAGAAAUCAUGUAUAAGCUAUCAUGGUGUUAACUUCUAAAAUCUUGAUUCCUUAAAAAUGAAUUUAAAAGCAUGACACUUUUAAAAUUUAAAUUAUAGCAGCCAACAUUUUCAGUAAAACUCCAGAGUCAAACUGCCCACUUUUCCACAGAUGGAAUAUCCUAUUCCCAUUGACUUGUUUGUUUGUGUUCAUCAACAGAGCAGCUGAGGUUGUCACUUGGAGAUUACACCAACCUAUUUGUAAACUGCCCUCUAACUAAGGGCACAUCUAGACUAAAGACUUAAACUGUAAACUUAAACUGGUUUGAAAACUCUUUAACUGUCAAGGCUUGGCCCCAAGAAUUUUGGGGAUUUUUGUUUUCUAAGAGAGUUGACAAUUUUAAAUCUUUUCUGAGAGAGAAAUUGCACUCCCCAGUUGCUUUGGUUGGGAGCCAUGACAAUUAAACUAGUUUGAAACUGGUUUAAAUGCUUAGUAUAGACAUGCCCUAAAAAGGGAACUUCCAAGAGUUCUUCAACAGAUGUAAGAAACGUGGCAAACAUCUGAAAAAAAACAGCCAUUGCCUUUGAAUUUGCAUAGAAGCAGAAGUUAAUGGGCCUUCUCCUAAAAGGCACCAGAAAGGUGGCAUCAGUCUGACUUGGAAACAGUGGCUGAGGUUAUGGAAUGCCAUGUUGGUCAUGCAUUUAGUGUCUGAUGAAUAACUAAGGGAGUGGUGUGGUCUCCUAAAUGAAGUGUUUUAGGCAGAGACUUCAUAGUGAAUAAUUGAACAAUCUGCAUAAAUUAAGUCUCAUGAAUUAAAUAAAAAUGACUGUUUUGUCUUUUUCACUAGCAAUGCAAUUGUUAUUAACAACAAUAUUAAUAAAGGCUGAAAGGCA